AUGCCAACAAUGACCAAAAACUAUAGGAUUCUGGCAAGAACCUUUUUUUCUGAAGCUCUUAAUGCAACACCUGUAUGGAAGCAAAUUGGCAUAGUAUUAUGGCGAUUUGCAAACGGUGCAGGCAUAAGAACACUGGAACAAACACUUGGGGUUAGUCAAAGAUCAGUAUGUCACUUUACUGAUCAGUUUUUAGAAGCAUUGCUUGAUAUAGAAAAGGAUCGAAUUAUGUGGCCAAAAGGUGCUCAAUUAGCUGUAGUAACACAUGAAUUCGAAUAUGGUGAAACUGGUCUGGGAAAUUGUAAAUUACCUAAUGUCAUUGGGGUUAUGGAUGGAUCACAUAUACCAAUCUGUUCUUCUUUUAAAAAUGGUGCUCGAUUUGUAAAUUGUAAAAGUUUUCAUACAAUUAAUCUUCUUGGAAUUGUUGAUUUUCAGGAAUGUUUUACAUACAUACAUGUAGGAGAAGCAGGUUAA